CGGCUCUCCAAUCCACGAAUUCACGAAUCCACGCCAGUCAAUGGCGCAACAUUCCCUUUCCACGGCAUAAUGAUUACAAGGCCAACAUGCAAUCCAUAUUACGUUUCCGAUUGAGUCCGACUCGGUCGGCCCUCAUACAACCCCGGUGGAGGUGCGCGCCUCGUCCGAUCCUAGCACCGACUGUUUCUCGAUAUGCGACAACCACCGCAGCUGCAACGUCAAUCUCCAAGAAGCUCGACUUACGCACCCUGGAUAAGAAAUGGCAGGAGAAAUGGCAUACGGAUGCCCUGAAUUCGCCUACCAAGGCGGAGGUGGACGGAAAACCCAAAUCAUAUAUCCUGUCGAUGUUCCCUUACCCGUCGGGAACGUUGCACAUGGGGCACCUUCGCGUAUAUACGAUAUCCGAUGUGCUGGCUAGGUUCUACCGGAUGCGGGGGCAUGAGGUUCUUCAUCCAAUGGGCUGGGAUGCGUUUGGCUUGCCCGCAGAGAAUGCGGCGAUUGAACGCGGGAUAGACCCGGCGGAAUGGACGAAGAGUAACAUAUCGAAGAUGAAGGAGCAGCUGCGGAGUAUUUCAACUUCUAUUGACUGGGACCGGGAACUUGCGACGUGCGCACCGGAAUUUUACGAACACACCCAACGGAUAUUCCUGAUGCUCUACGAGAAGGGACUUGCAUACCAGGCUGAAGCGGUAGUCAACUAUGACCCCGUGGAUAAGACGGUGCUGGCUAAUGAGCAGGUCGAUGCCAACGGCUGCUCUUGGCGCUCGGGAGCCAAGGUUGAGAAGCUGAAGUUAAAGCAAUGGUUCUUCCGUAUCACCGCAUUCAAGGAGAUGCUCUUGAAGGAUCUUGAUUCCUUGGCGGGCGGCUGGCCGGAGCGAGUGCUUUCCAUGCAACGAAACUGGAUUGGGAAAUCGCAGGGUGCAAAGAUCAAGUUCCCUGUGACUGUCGAGAGCAAUAAUAGCACGGACCUCGAUAUCGAUGUUUUCACCACGCGGCCAGAUACCCUUUACGGAGUCGAGUACCUCGCUCUUUCUCUCAACCAUCCCAUUGUCUUGAAGGCUGCAGAGAAGGACCCGGAGUUGCGCAAAUUUCUCGACACUGCUGCGUCGCUUCCGCCUGACUCGAAAGCUGGCUAUAGAUUGUCGAGCGUCACUGCUUCCCACCCUCUGCAUGUUAUUGACAAAGAGAGCCCCCACGUUGCUCGUCAACUACCCAUAUUUGCAGCCCCCUAUGUCCUUAGCGACUAUGGAGAGGGGGCGGUGAUGGGAGUCCCAGGCCACGAUUCCAGAGAUCUCGCCUUUUUCCGCGACAAUGUGAACCCCGAUUCAAUACCCAUCGUCGUUGAACCUCGAGGAGAGGAUGGGGCCAACGGUGGGACCGGCGCGGGCAUCGUUUCCUCUGCCGAUGCGAAGGCUUUCACGCAGGAGGGUUAUUUGAACUCUUUGUGCUGGAAGUACGAGGGCCUCCCUUCUCGCGAGGCCAAGAAGCAGAUCGUCACCGACCUGAAGCAGGUUGGGCGCGGCGACUUUGUUGAACAAUGGAGACUCAGAGACUGGUUGAUCAGCAGACAGCGCUAUUGGGGCACUCCCAUCCCGAUCAUCCAUUGCGGUGAUUGCGGGCCUGUACCUGUACCAGCAGACCAGCUCCCUGUCAAGCUGCCCAAAAUCGAAGGCGACUGGCUGAAAGGCAAGAGAGGCAAUCCUCUUGAGUCAUCGCAUGAGUGGGUGAACACAAAAUGUCCUAGUUGCGGAGGCCCUGCGAAGCGGGAUACGGACACCAUGGACACCUUUGUCGACUCUUCGUGGUACUAUCUCCGAUACUUGGACCCGGCAAACAAGGAACAGCCGUUUUCGCCCUCGGCCGUGCGACCGGUUGAUGUCUACAUUGGCGGCGUUGAACACGCGAUCUUGCACCUGCUUUACGCUCGAUUCAUCUACAAGUCCCUCUCGCAGUCCGAGCUAUUUCCAGAACUCGCUCGGACCGGUAAUGUUGCGACGCCGUUUGAACCGUUCAAGACUCUCCUCUCGCAGGGGAUGGUUCACGGCAAGACGUACUCAGAGCCGUCCACGGGUCGAUUCCUGCUCCCUUCCGAAGUGGAUCUCUCCAGCCCCGAUAAGCCGCUUAUCAAGGGCACCCAAAUAACCCCGACCGUGUCCUUUGAGAAGAUGUCGAAGAGCAAGCACAACGGUGUUGACCCGACCGGAUGCGUGUUGAAGUACGGCGCCGACACCACCCGUGCCCAUAUUCUCUUCUCUGCUCCGGUCAGCGAGGUGCUGGAAUGGGACGAGACGAAGAUCGUGGGCAUUGAGCGCUGGUUUGGUCGGCUCUGGAAGCUGGUGAUCGAUGCGCAGCAAACUCUGGCGUCGUCCUCGUUUACCCUGAAGCCAGAAGACCUAGGUGCUUCCUCCGGCCAUGCGACCGGCCUUCCCGGCUCUUUACAAGAUUUGAGCGACAGCGAUGCGAACGCCGUGCUUUCGACCCACCGCACCAUCUGCUCCGUCACCAGCUGCAUUGAGAAGAACCCCUACGGGCUGAACACCGUCAUCUCCGACCUGACCAAGUUGACCAACUCCUUGUGGUCAUCGGCGCCCAGCUCGCCGCAGGUUCUCUAUCUAUCCCUCUCGUCUCUUCUUCGACUUCUGUCUCCCAUUGCCCCCGCGCUGGCGUCCGAAUGUUGGGAGAUCCUCCAUGAUCCCGUGACUGCGGGGAACCCCGCCGGCGCAUCCACCACUGGCAGUGUCCUGGCCAUCCUGGACUGUCCCUGGCCAACCCCUCUUCUGAGCUCCGCGGACGCCGACAUUCUGUCUGCGCGUGGCGGUCAAACCGUUGCCGUUCAGAUCAAUGGCAAAUUGCGGUUUACCAUCACGGUUCCCCGGCGGCUUUCCCCCACGACGCCGGCCGAACCCAGUGACACCGUCACCGACGAACAAGACUGGAUCAUCAAUCGGAUCCUGGAGACCGACGAAGGACGGUUAUGGCUGCGGAAAAAGAACGAUUGGGAGAAACGGAGACGGGUGAUUGUCGUCAAGGGCGGCAAGUUGGUCAAUGUCGUGUUCUAGCGCGGUCAUCCAGCAUCUGGAAACCUGUUGUAAAUUAUAAUCCGCGAAAGCCUGUAGCGAUAGACUGGUGCCUGUAUACUAGACGAAGCCAACUCAACUCCUGUAACGCUGUCGAUCGCAAAGCGGCAGUCCUGAAGCGAGGUCGGUUCUGUCGAUACCUUGGGGGGAGAGGAAUUGGCUGACGUGCCUAUGAAAUUGGGCGAAAUUGGGGAAGGCCGUUCGUCCGCCGACGAUGGCGUAUUUCCUGAUCAGUUGAGUUCCGUGAAUCCGGAUGGAUGCCGUGGCUACCCUGCGGGCACGAAAAAGUUGGGGCCAACGAAAUCAUCGCGUGAUGUGGCCGGAAGGGCGACGCGCCAUUCAGAUGAGGAGGUGGAGACGCUUCCCCUCAUGGGCGCCCACGGUGAUGUAGUGUUGACAGCGUUUGACAGGGAGCGGGUCUCCAUUUUUGAGACUGAUACACCCAACUCCGAGGGAUUUGGUUCGGCUGA